GAAUGGGAAAAAGUUUCAGCAGUACAUCUUCAAGCAGGAAAUCUGAGAUUCAGAACAACUUAUAUUUUGGCUUGUAUUCGCUGAUCAUGGGGUGAUCCAGAAAUAAACUCCAGGCUUCAAAGCGAGAGUGUUUCAAAGCUGUCCUGCAGUUGAUCGAAACAUCCAGGCAAAGCAGGGAGAUGAAUACCAACAAGGAUUUUCUGAACUAAGACUUAAUCAAGGAGAUAACUAAUUUCAACAAUAUUAUUACCCUUUUAUUUCAGAACAAAAAGGAAAGCAAAACAAACACAAAGGAAUAAAAAUGGCUACAACGGCAGCAAAUACCCAAAGACAAACAAUAGGCUGUGAGGAAUACAGCCUGUACGGUAGCUUGAGCGAAGACGAGCUUAUAAAAAUGGCCAUCCAGCAGAGCUUGGAAGAGGACCCGGUGGGCCAGGCAGCUGCCCAGAGCCACCAGAAGUCAGUGGUGGGGGGCCCUGGCGAGGCGGCCACCCCCAGCCGUGGCAGCAGCCACAACCCUCCCUACCAGCUCUACCCUUGGCAAAGAUUGGCAGCCCAGCCAAGAGGCCGUGCUCAGCCUCCCAGCACAGGAGCAGCCUGGGGGGUCAGGCGAAGGUACGACGGCAGCCUGUGCAGCACAGCCCAGCCCGUAGAACUUGACCCUGUGGUGGCAGCAAUCAAGGAUGGAGAUGAAAAAGCAGUGUGCAACAUGAUGAAAUCAGGAAAAAACCUUUCUGAACCUAAUAAGGAUGGCUGGAUACCCCUACAUGAAGCUGCGUACUAUGGCCAAGUGGGUUGCCUGAGUCUGUUGCAAAAAGCGUACCCUGGCACCAUUGACCAGCGCACCCUCAAUGAGGAGACAGCUCUCUACCUGGCUACCAGCCGGGGCAACCUGGACUGCCUGCUCACCCUGCUGCAGGCUGGGGCUGAGCCCGACAUCUCCAACAAGGCCAGAGAAACUCCACUCUACAAAGCCUGUGAGCGCAAGAAUGCAGAGGCCGCCAGACUUCUGGUACAGUACAAUGCCGACACCAAUCACCGUUGCAAUCGAGGAUGGACUGCUCUCCAUGAGGCUGUCUCCCGAAACGACCUGGAGAUUAUUGAUAUCCUGGUGAAAGGCGGUGCCAAGAUUGAGUCUGCAAACUCCUAUGGAAUCACUUCUUUAUUUGUGGCAGCUGAGAGUGGGCAGUUGGAAGCUCUGAGAUACCUAGCAAAGUGUGGUGCUGAUAUAAACACUCAAGCCAGUGAUAAUGCCUCUGCUCUUUAUGAAGCUUGUAAAAAUGGACAUGUACCUAUUGUGGAGUUUCUUUUGUCCCAAGGAGCUGAUGCUAACAGAGCCAAUAAGGAUGGCCUGUUACCUCUUCACAUAGCAGCCAAAAAAGGGAUUUGCGAGAUCGUCUCCAUGCUGAUCCCCGUGACCAGCCGUACCCGUGUCAAGCGCAGCGGCAUUAGCCCCCUGCAUUUAGCAGCUGAGCGCAACAACGAUGACAUCUUGGAAGAGCUGAUUGAUGCCGGCUAUGAGGUGAACACCAGCCUCUCCACUGAACGCUCCUGCCUUUAUGAGGACAGACGCACCACUCCCCUGUAUUUUGCUGUUUUUAACAACAAUAUCUAUGCCACAGAGCUCCUGCUGCAGGCUGGAGCCAACCCCAAUGUUGACCUCAUCAACCCCUUGCUCAUCUCCAUCCGCCACGGUUGCCUGAAGACCAUGAAACUGCUUCUUGACCACGGAGCAAACAUCAAUGCCUAUAUUUCGAGCCAUCCCACCACAUUUCCAGCAACCAUCAUGUUUUCAAUGAAGUACCUUUCUGUGUUGAAGUAUCUCCUGGAUCUGGGCUGUGAUGCAGUUUCCUGUUUUCAGUGUCAGUAUGGAAAUUGCCCACACCCUGCAUUAAAUUACAGACGGGACAGACUUAAUGAUCCUCAGCUGUCCACAGAGCCAACUGUAAUACAGUUUUGUGACAUGGUGUCUACUCCAGAGAUGAGUCGCUGGGCUGGGCCAAUUAUUGAUGUUCUCCUGGAUUAUGUGGGUAACGUGCAGCUCUGUUCCCGUCUCAAGGAGCAUAUAGACAGCUACGAGGACUGGGCUGUCAUUAAAGAAAAAGCAGAGCCCCCACGGCCCCUUGCCCAUCUUUGCCGUGUCAAGGUACGAAGCCUGAUCGGAAGAAACCGCAUUAAACUUAUUGACACCUUGCCUCUCCCGCACAGACUGAUUCGAUACCUACAGCACGACUACACGCAGUGACCUCAGGCACAGCAGACACGCAGCGGCUUCCCAGCACGGCACCUGACACCAUCAGCAUGGUGAGGGUGCACGCCACGCGCAGUGGAGAGGAAUUGCUGCUGGCUUGGUCAAGUGCACUCCAAUGAUUAAUCUAAAAUCUAAAAGAAAUAUGCUUCUGGAGCACAAGUAAGAAGAAAAUGGAGGAGGCAGAUAAACAUUAGGUUUUGCGGGAGAAAACACAUGUGAUUCACCUCAGAGCUUGGUCUGCAAAGAAAAAGAAAUGAAAGGCAACUCUGAAAAAUGAAUAGUGCUGAAGCAAGUACCAGUGGGAGACUGAAAGGUAUCCUGGGGUCUAGUGGAGCUUAGCAUCCUUGCUGUGAUCACAAUUCAGAAGUUGUCAAGAGUCAACAUAUUUGGGAAAACAAUCACAUUUCAUUCACUGACUGAGAUUUUUAUUUUAGUUUCUACUCUAUGUUUUGGAUUUCUGCUCAGUGUGCUGAUUGCUGAUUCUCUGAUAGUUUGACACCAGCUUGUUAACACUUAUACUUUUUUUUUUUGGACCUUUCUUAUUGAGUAGAGUACUUGAUUUCCGAACAUUCAAAGCUCAGAACUUUAUGCUGAUGUUGAGUUCUUUAAUACUCAAGAGAAGGUUUAUUUAAGAAGGAUGUAAGAAUUGUAUUUACACACAGCAAAUACAGUUCAUGUUGUAUUACAUUUGCAAUAAGAAGAAGAUGAAAUUCUCCUUGAGAGAAUUUUCUAGACUGGGGGGCUUGAAAGAAACUCUGAGCUCUUUUUUAUUUUUUAUUUUUCAUUUCUGUAAAUUAGAAGUAGCUGCACUGUAAACAGUAGCUUGAGUCUGUCAUGAAGCUGAUGUCAAAACAGAACAAAGGCCUAGAGGAGCAUCAACAGUGACAGAGAGAAAAGAGGCAAGGUGCAUAGGGAAAGACAACACUGCAAAGCCAACUUUAUCUGUUGUUCCACUGGAAGAUCUCAUACCUAUGAAAUCCAACCUCUCUUACCUCCUUGGACCUCUGUGGCUAUAACAGUACCAUCACUGGAAGAAAAGAGGGAGUAUCUCGAAAUGAGAAAAUGCAGACUUUGAGAUUUAAAAACACAAAUGCACAAAAUUAGGCAUCUAAAACUUUAUUCAGAUUCUUAAACAAUGCCAAGUUGCUUGUGCUAGGUGUAGUUCCACUGAAGCCAAUGGGACGACAUUUGGUGUCAGAUAUUACUGAGGCAGAAUAAAAGUCCAAGGAUUUAGCCCUGAAUUUCCUGACUUUGGAAGUCUGAAGUAUCUAUUAGCUCCCUUUGACACUGAUGAAAGUUAUUAUCUCAGCUUCUUCGAAAAUUAGGUCACCUAUUUACAGCUCAGAUGCACAACUGAUUUAUGGCAGCUUAACAAGUUGCCAUCUAUCAGCUGAACCACCAUAAUUGUCCGUGAAAUUCUUUUAUUGAAGUUUUUAACAAGUCACAAUCCCGCACAGCUGGGGAGGCUGAGGAGCCCACGAAGGGUUAUUGGCAGUGUCUGCAGCUCAGUUGACAGGUGUGCCUUGCUGAACCGCUGCAAUUUGAUGCAUGCCUCGGUCCCACCCAGGCACCUAAGUAGAGAUGAAAGAGCCUAAAUUUGUAACCAUGUCUUGGUGGAUCUUAUGUUAGAAGAACGCCCUUUAUUACCUUAGGUAACAAAGGAGUUGUGCAGUAGGGUUUGUUUUGAUUCCCCACCAGAAAUCUGACAGAUCUGUUCUUUGUUUGUUGGCCUGCGUGCCAUGCAACCAGGUACAAAUACAAGUAGGGAAAAUGCAUUGCACCAACUUUUCUUUGUGUGGAGUUUUACACUUUAACACAGGAGUAAAAGUGUAUUGCACACAUACAAGUCUGUCUGGGCACAGAAAUCCAGAUUCUGUGAUGAUUUUGAUUGAAAUGCAUUCAGCGCUCUUGGGAUAGGAUGUGAGUGAAAGCAGAAAUGGUUACAGCUAAGGGCACUCUGUCCAUAGCUGUCCCCUUCCCAAAUGCAAAAGCAGUUGAAAAAACAGUUUCAAUUGACACUGAACUGUCACCUUCUUGAAAAGCUUUGGAAAGCCAGGUGAGAUUCCUCCACUGCUGAAAUUUCAUUCAGUACCUUCCAUUACCGCCAGGACCUGAGCCCUUGUCCUGCAGCAUGAGCCCACCCCUCCUACAGGAAGGAGUGAGGUCCCUGGAGGCACCAUGCCAUCUGCCCAGUACAGCCAUCAAGAAGAUGGAGCCUCCCAGUGACACCAGAUAGGAGCUGGCCACCACUGCUGGCCGUACAGAGGACAGCUGGCUGAGCAGGCUGCUGAAACCUCCCAGAGCUGUGAGUCUGUCAUCUUUAGAGCAGUAUUGCCAGUGGAGGCCCUGUAAUUGUAAGCAAUAGUUUGAGAAAUUGAAAGCCACCUGUGGAGGUCUUGCAUCCCUCACCUUACAGGGCUGAGCAGUGAAGGUCUGGGUCUUACUCAUAUUGAUGCAAAUCAGAAGAGAAAUCCUUGAAAUUAAAUGAGUGUAACAGAGCAGAAUUGUAGGGGGUGAGAGACACACAACAUGGCCUGGUGGAGACCAUUUACUUAAGCAUUUUUUUGGUGUGCAGUGAUAACCCUGGAGAUUUCUGGCUGGUAGAAGGGUUCAAAAUGACCACCUGCAUGCAUAACUGCAGGAGUGAAUUAGCCAUCCCAAACUGGGAAUUUCCCCUGAACCAGCACUGUUAUGUAUACAAAAAUCUCACAAGCUGCAAUUUCUUUUUAUGUCCUCAGACAAGCCCAUACUGGGUUUGGGCAGAUCAAAUACAGAAAUUCCAUUUCUUUUUUCAGUCAAAAGACCUUCACCUCUUUUGGGAGACUUAUGUCCUGGUUGCUCACAUCUGUCUGUCCUGAGCCACAGAGCCAUUGGCCUGAUAUGAACAUACCAGAGCUGCAGGAAGGGCAAGGACCCACACUGCACAGAAGCAGGAGAGACAGGGAUGUUAGAGGGGGAAUCUAGGAAUUAGGUUAUUGCGUUGUUUCUGCUUGAUCUUUACUGCGACCCUUCAUACAGUCAGUUUACAUUUAUUUGCACUGAAAUGGAGCCAGCUACCUCUCCUACACUCUGGUCACUGACACAAUGUUUUAUGUGUGAUACUGAAUCUGCACAAAAAUGACUAUCAUUUACUGCAUCUGUCCAGAAGUUGCUGUGAAAAGACAGAUACCCAACAUCCCAAGCAACCCAAGCUUUGUAAGCAGAUCAGUCGUCCCAGUACAGGGAAAAGUGGCUUGUUUAUAUGGAGCAUGAUAGAAUCCUUCAGAGAUGAUGACUUUUUGUGAAACGUUGUAGGAGUAUUUCAUGACCAGGUUCUGUACUUUUUCUUACUGCAACAUGUGCAAUUCACUUUAUGUUCUUGUGCACUUUUUUGAUUUUUUAUUUUGUAUCAAUGCUUUUUCAUUUACCUCUCCCUUCCCAUUAUUUAUGAAAGCUAUUGUAGUUUCAACAGUUUAAAUUUGCACUGCUGUAGUAAAUAACCACUCUCGGUUGUUAUGUUUCCAUCUUUCAAACAAAGUACAAAUUAAACAAUCAGACUCUGAAGGGUUAUCAUCUGUUCUGAACAAUAGUAUUGAACAACCAAACACUAAAACAGACAGGAAAAGUCUGAAUCAAUCCAAGCUUGAACAAUUAAUAAUUUUGAUGGUAAUCUCAGGGGUGAGAGAACAAAGUAUUGCAAGAGAAGAGAGAGAGUUGUUAUUCUUUGAAAACCUUUUGGAAAGUCUCACGCAUCUCCAUUCAGUGAUUCUGAAUAUACUUAACAAUUCGCUUCUGUU